AAAACACAAUGGUAAAGUUUGUCGGGUAUUGAUAACUUCGUUACUGUAUACAAGAAUAUAUACCAACGCAACUGUCUUGCCACCUUGAAAUUUCGUUCAGAAAAACAGCAAUAUUGCCAUAAAGUGUGAUUUUUGCAAUGACCCCUGACCCUUCCAUGUGCUUUUCAAAAUGGCGACAUUCUUUGGCGAAAUUGUGACUUUUCCAUCGCGAGCAGUUGACGAAGAAGAAGAUGACGAUGACGUUGAUCAAGUGACAGCAAUUUGUCAGCCAGUCCUGCGAUGGUGUCCAGAAAUUAGAUUGGAAAUUUCCAAAUCUCCAGAUAAAACUAUCAGUUGUAAAACAUUGAUUGUGGCUGUGGGUCCCGUAGCUACUGGCUUUAUUGAGUCGUACGUACUGAGUAAAGACGAUGACACCCUUGGUGUGGUAGUGAGUGGCAUGAAACAAACCGAUGGUAACAGUUUCUCACAAACAAUGCAUACAGAUAAAUCAUGCUUCAUCUAUAGACUUAGGCAGCAUCGUGACAUAGUGGUGUGUCAGUGUAAUAGCAAAGUCUCAGCAGAGCAGGCAUUUAUUUGGACACAACAGGUAUUUUCAAAUAUAAAACAGUCAUCACAAGUGAUUAUCUUAUCAUCGUUACAAGUCACUGAGUACAAAUCCCACUCACGGAACCACACAACACCAUUCUUGAACUGCCUGUGUAGUAGUACAUUGAAAACCAAACCAGUAUGUCCAUAUCUUUCACAACCCAACACUGUUGCUGAUCUCCCAGCUGCAAUUCUAAAUUACUGCCAGGUGUAUGGAAUUGCAGCUGUCUUAUAUGUGACAUACUCAGACACAGCAUACCUUGAAGUGGCCUCUAUGAAGUCAUUUUUACCGUUGCUGGAUGUACAACCAUUAAAAGAUAUUGUUAAGAUUAAUUCAAAUAUUGAUUUUACUUUGAAGAAGUUGGUGGAAUUAAACACAUCACAAAACCCAUUAUACCUCUGAUCAAUAUAUCAACACUACUAUGCUGAUUACCUUCAUGUAGAAUAUAUCAAUAAUUUGAUGUGUAAUUUCUGGACCACUUACUCCGUAUUAUCAGUACAUUCCUGUCUUUCUUCCAACAUGGUGCAACCUGUUUUCUGAAAUAGCUGCAAUGCGAUAAAUCAAGGAAGUUCACAUGUGCUAAAUUUGUUAAAUUUGAUUAAGAG